AUGCGGGUCGGAGUUCGCCGGGCACUCGUCAGUUUGGACGGUGCGCUUGCGUCCAGCCGUCCUCCUGGCUGCUUGCAGUCGGUUAUAUACUAUGUCCCCCCUGGUCUCGUGCUGUUCUGUCUGACUGGUGAUGGCUUGGUUGCAGCCAGCGACUUGUCGCUCCGUUUUGCCGCCACCACUGUCUGGUCCCCGGGCUCCCAGGCGCGGGAGUGUUGGGUCACCUGGUCGGGUUGUCGUUCGCUGCGGUGUCUCUCACGUCCCAAGCUCUUCGUGCUUGCCACUGGGCACAGUCGAGCGCCUUGUGAUCGCCGCCAGUUUCUAAGAGCUGAAACUAUAGGCUUUCACACAUGGGGAGGUUCUUUUUGCCCCCCGGGACUAUGCCUCUGCUCCCGUCUAAACUGUUGGGCAUCUUCUUCCCCUUCGGUAUUCGGGUGCAGGGAAGGGUGUUCGGGGUUGCUUCCCCCUCGGUUCUCGAUGGUGGGUCUGCAUUUGUGA